CCCUAGUGGUAAUAACAACAACAUUUCUUAAUAGUAUUUUAGAAUACUUCUCUCUGUCUGUGUGUCAAGGAAGAGAAGCUAAGAUGGCAAUGAAAGCUUGGAGAAAUCUAGGUGUGGUAGAUACCAUAUAUGAAGAAAAAGAAUAUGAUUUCUCCUCUGCAUCCCCUUCUCUUUCCCCAACCAUCUCUUCUCCUCCCACGCCUCUCCAUACUAGAGUAGCAGCAUGGUCUUUGGCAAGGAGGCAGAAGACAGACAUCUUGAUAUGUGUUCAUGGAAGGUAUUUUCACCUGCACAAGGAUGCCCUGACAUCAAGAAGCUCAUAUUUAAAGCGGGAAUUCCAAAUAACGGAAAUCUCGGAGUUGUCACUCUCUCCACCGUUGAACAUAACGGCCGAAACGUUUUCUCUUGUAGCCGAUUUCUGCUACGGGACCCACAUCGUCAUAACGCCGUUCAACGUCGCGGCGCUCAGAACGGCUGCAGAGUUACUAGAGAUGACGGAGCUUAACGGCGAAGGCGAGGAGAACCUGUUGCAGAUAACGGAAAACUAUUUCCGUCGAAUUAUCACCGUUAACAGAGAGUACGCGUCCAUAGUUUUCCGUUCAUGCCUGUCUCUGCUUCCCGAGGCCGAAACGACGGCGUAUCUUGUGAGCAGAUGCGUUGAAGCGUUGAGUUCGGUGGAUGACGGUGACGGCAAAGUUGCUUGUUUUGAUGACGUAAUUGCAAUGGCUCCCGAGGAUUUUCAAAUAGUCGCCGAGUCCAUGCACCGUCGGUUAACGUCCCACGAUGUUCUUUAUAGGACCGUUGAUCUUUAUUUCAAGGCAUACAGUGGCAAGAUAACGGAGGAGCAGAAAACCCAUAUAUGUAGUUCUAUUGAUUGUAACAGCCUUUCACCUCAACUCCUCAUAGAGGCAGUACAAAAUCCUACAAUGCCAUUAAGAUUCAUAGUUCGAGCCAUGUUGGUGGAGCAGCUCAACACUCGCCGCUCCGUUUUCACUGUCCCUGCAGAAAGUAGCCAACCUCGCAGGCAACAAAGCAAUGACCCUGUAACCCUAGGCGCUAUACUUCAACGUGAGGCAGCUCUACACCAAUCAGCUCAUCUCAAAGCCGCAAUGGAUGCCACGAGCUCGCGCAUCCAAAGCCUAGAGAAUGAACUAAAUGUCAUGAAGAAGCUGUUGGAUGAGUCUGAGAAACAGCAGAGAAGCAUAAUGGCGUCAGCUCGGUCUGCAAGUUUCCAUAACUGUAGUUUAGAGAAUAAGAUAGAAAGAGGUGACAUAGGAUCGGCUUCUUCGGGGAGCUUCCGGUUUUAUGCAAGAGGAGAAAAAUUAGAAGGAGGGUCUUCGUCCUUAGGGUUGGAGGGGUCGUGUACUAAUGAGACUCCAAGAAUAACAAAGAAUAUUCGACAGAGAUUGAUGAAGGGUUUAAAGAGUGCAUUUCGAGUAUCAAAAUCACCCUCCAAGAAUGGGGUUGAGAGCAAAAAAUCAAGCCGAAUGGAGCAAAAUCGAGUAGGAGAUGAAGAUGACAAUGUGAUUGUUAUCAUAAACAAGGAGAAUUUGCUUUCACAUUGAAAUCUUGGCUCUGUAAUGUAGCUAACAAUCCUCUUCUUCUUUUUCUCCUUUGCAGUUUAAUUUGAAAUUUUUUUUACCAAGUAGAAGAAGGGAUUCAAAUUUAAGUUAUUCUCAAUGCUAGAUAGUACCAUUGUGCCUCGAGACCCAUUAUAGUUUAA